AUGAUGGUCUGCGCAAUGGACGAGAUUCAGGUUUCCGAAGUCAAGCCACUUUCCCCAGCACAGGCUGGGAGAGGCGAUUACCUCAUCAUUAAAGGUCGCUCUUGUAGGAUUAUAGAUUUAAGCUUCUCUGUGUGUGGAUGUAGGAGUCCUGGAAAGCUUUGUGGUGUUGGAGGGGACAUUUUAAUUAGGAAGAAAUGGGAAGCCUUGGCUGAUUUGCGCCUUCUUGUUUCGCAGUUGGAAGUCGAGGAGGAGGAAAAACAUCUCUUAAAUAUCUCAGACGACUAUUUCUGCUCCACUGUCGGCGACAAUAACAAACCUGAAGACGAGGUAGAGGGUCCUAAUCAGUUGCUUGGUAAAGCAAUCAAAGACAUCUGGACAGAUGGAGAGCCGAACAUCAUGGUGACGACUACUGAUACCAUGGAAAUGAAAGGUGUAGUGUUUGAUUAGAAGGUAGCGGAGAUGAAACUACUUGGUGUGCAGGGAGUGGGUAUGUUUGAGUUCGAGAAUCUAGACAUUGGGAUGGCAAUAGAUAUUCCGCCUCCUGGGGGGGGAGAAGGGAGAGGAGAUUGAAAAGGAUGCUUGAGAAUUUUAAGAGGGGCCGUACAAUAGCCAUCGAACUUUUGAUUCCUAUACCUGGAGUAUCGUCACUUUGGGCGAUUGAUGCCGUAUCAAUUGGGAAGGAGGUAACGAAAAGUUCCUCAAUUAGGGAUGAGUUGUCAAGUUAGACGUUGAUAGACAUGCGAG